CCUGAGCGCCCGGGACGCGGUCGCGGGAGGCUCGCGGAGCCACGCCUGCUGCAGGUCGUGUCCCGAGACCACCCCCUGCCUCCGCUCGCCCCCCGCCGCCACCACCCGCCGCUGCGAGCUGUCCCCAGGCUCCGUCCUCACUGUCCUUUCCCCAGAACCGGGCCGGACCGAACCGGGCCGAGCUGGGCCGCCCGGGCGCGGCCGCUGACCAUGGCGUCCCUCUUCAAGAAGAAGACCGUGGACGAUGUAAUAAAGGAACAGAAUCGAGAGUUGCGGGGCACACAGAGGGCUAUAAUCAGAGAUCGAGCAGCCUUAGAGAAACAGGAAAAACAGCUGGAAUUAGAAAUUAAGAAGAUGGCCAAGAUAGGUAAUAAAGACGCUUGCAGGGUUUUAGCUAAGCAGCUUGUCCAUCUACGAAAACAGAAGACAAGAACUUUUGCUGUAAGCUCAAAAGUCACGUCUAUGUCCACACAAACAAAAGUGAUGAAUUCCCAGAUGAAGAUGGCCGGUGCCAUGUCUACCACUGCAAAGACAAUGCAAGCAGUCAACAAGAAGAUGGAUCCACAGAAGACACUACAAACGAUGCAGAAUUUCCAGAAGGAAAACAUGAAAAUGGAAAUGACUGAAGAAAUGAUCAAUGACACCCUUGAUGACAUCUUUGACGGUUCUGAUGAUGAAGAAGAAAGCCAGGACAUUGUGAAUCAAGUUCUUGACGAAAUUGGAAUUGAAAUCUCUGGAAAGAUGGCCAAAGCUCCGUCAGCUGCUAGAAGCUUACCAUCUGCCUCCACUUCAAAGGCUACAAUCUCCGAUGAAGAGAUUGAACGGCAACUCAAAGCUCUAGGGGUGGAUUAGAUCAAGAAGCCAUACUGCUUUCACUUUCUUACAAUUAUUUGAUCUAAAGUGGGUCCGGUGUCGAUUCCCUUUACAAUACAUAGUCAUUUUGCUACAAUGAAGACCAUGAGUGAACAGUUGUGUCCUGACCCAUGGCUAUUUUGAAUCUUUUGCCAAAGAAUGCCAGUGAUGAAAAAAUGGGAGCAGUUGGGUUGACUAGAGCCACUAAGGUCUGAUGAUGUGUGCAAACUGAGUUCUUUUCUGCAUGGCCUAGAGAAGCGGUGUCAUUACUUAGUGUCGGGGUGUGUACUAAAUCUUUUACACCGAAACCAGAGUUCUUUUCAACGCCAGUAGGCGCCAACUUAAAGAGACUUGUAAAAAUAUUAAAGGUAUAUCGUUAAUUCUGUAUCUGUUGCUUGUCCUUUGUAGACAGUUAUGUUAAGACCACAGGCGGUGCAGCUGCCAACUUAUUUUUAAACCAUCUAAAGAAGAGUGCUAUUUAAACAUCUGUCUUAAAAACCAUCAUGAGCUUUUACUUUUCUUCCAUUUUUCCCCCUUUGGGAGAACAUUCUAGUUGGUAAGUUUAUUACCUUUCAAAAUGUGCUUGGCACCUGCCUUAAAUAGCACAAACAUAUUGUGCACAUCUUUAAAUUAUUUUAACUGGCAAAAAAAAGAAUUACAUUUUAAAAUAAAGUUGAGACUUAGAACAGUUACUCAAGCUGUCUUAUAAAGCUUAUAAAAGCGAAGUGGAUAUAAUUAGCAAAAUGAAGAAAGAAGACACUGAAUUAAUAACAUUUUAUAGUAAUGAAACCACACUUUGGUCUUUCUUCCAAGAACUGAGACUUUCUCCAUAUAAAUUAUAACUUAGUCUGUGUUGAAUUUUGAAUUGUAUUAAUAUACACACUAAACCCUCUACAUUGAAGCCAUUCUUCUAAAUGAAGUACUACUACUAUGACGAUACUUGACUUAGAUUUCUAAAGUAAAAACAUUUUUGUUUUGUUUUGUUUUUGGUAAAUAAACUGCAACUUUGUCAGAAAUUACUGCCUAAAGUGCAUCAUUGUUUUAGCAGUACUUUCAAAAGUAAGUUAGCUAUGUGAUGUAGAGAGCAGGAGAAAGGGAAGGAUGCCACAGAGUUAGAAGUAGAAGUAGAAUUAGGUUGUUUUGAAGAAUGAUGUUGUAAUAUUUGGAUUCUGACACAUCCCAACACAGAAACCGUAGGAACUCCAAUCAGCGUAAGCUGGCGAAUCCCUAGGGAUGGACCUUUGGACUGUUGGAUAACAAAGGCAGAUACAUACUGCAACUUUAUCCUUGGCACAGAUAUGUACAAGGGGUAGAAGCUCCGCCCUCUGCUUCAGAACCCACAACCAUCAGAGAGUAGGCCUCAGUCCUAACGGUCUGAAGUGCACAAUUCACGGUAUCCCUUAGCGGGAAUGAGUCCAGACAUCAUCGUACUGUAUCAUCGGGUAUUGCACCCAAACAUGUUUUGGAUGUACAUAGUAAUGCUGUCUAACCUAAUUUACUUUCUUGUUUACAUGUGGGAGCUUUGAGUUUUAAGAUUAUUUUGCCUGGGAAAAAAAAACUCAAUAAAGGUUUAUUGCUCUUA